AUGAACUCUCAUUCUGCUAAUUUUCUAUCUAUUCACAUUCUGUUCAUUAUCUAUCUAUCUAUCUAUCUAUCUACAAACUCUCAUUUUGCUAUCUAUCUAUCUAUCUAUCUAUCUAUCUAUCUAUCUAUCUAUCUCAUAUAUUCAUCUAUCUAUUCUCAUUCUGAUCAUUAUCUAUCUAUCUAUCUAUCUAUUUAUCUAUCUAUCUAUCUAUCUCAGUAUAUUCAUCUAUCUAUUCUCAUUCUGAUCAUUAUCUAUCUAUCUAUCUAUCUAUCUAUCUAUCUAUCUAUCUAUCUAUCUAUCUCCUUCCCCUCAUUAUUAAUCUAUUCUUUUAUUCCAAUUUCUUGUACUUCGUCACUUAUUCGCAGUCUGACAGUAUGCCGAUAUGCCCUAUUCGCAAGCCCUGGUCCGAAACGUGGCACGUUACACUUGCGUCUGGAGCUUUUCUUUGUUUAA